UCUUGAGGGUCACAUCACGGGUGACAACCAAGCUAGAAAAUGAAGUCGUAUAUGUUGGGUUUCUAUGCAGUUCUGCUGCUCUGGCUUCUGGUCUCGUCCUCAAUGCAAGAUGAUGUUGUUAAAGGAUCAAGCUGUCUAACUACUAAAGAUACUAAAGUUCCUCAGAAGAAUCUGGUUAGCUACACACUCCAGCACAAAUCCUUGUUCCCUGUGGAAGCUGUGAGGUUUCUUACAAUCAGUGGGAAAGUAAUCUGUUCGAAUCCCUCCUCACCAUGGGCCAUAAAAUCAAUGAAGUACCUGGAUGCAAAGAACAAACCUCAAUCAGUAUCAAACAAAAGAGCUCGGCAUUCUGUGACAUUGGUUUCUGUGAAUACAUCCACCAGAAAUAGAACUUAAAUAUGACAGAAAUAGGACAGAAAGGUUAUCGGCACAGAUUUAAACCCAGAUCCCUUUGGAUGAAAAUUACUGAUUGAACCGUAUUAUUUUGCAUUUUAAAAGGUUUUCUAUUUAUUGCACUUUAUUGUA